GUUUAACACAUAGCCAGUGGAGAAAUGGCAUUGCAAAAGAAAUAUGUUGGUUUUCUGGUUCUUCUUGUGGUUCUGGGCAUCACUGGGUUCAAAGGAGUUGAUGCAGCUGGUGAAUGUGGGAAUGCUUCCCCAGACACAGAAGCUUGGAAGCUGGCUCCUUGUGCAGCUGCAGCACAAAAUGAGAAAGCUGCCCCUUCCAAGAGCUGCUGUCUUCAGGUGAAGAAGAUCGGCCAGAACCCAGACUGCCUUUGUGCUGUCAUGCUUUCUAAUACAGCUAAAAGCUCUGGAAUCAAGCUAGAAGUUGCUGUGACCAUUCCCAAGCGUUGCAACCUUGCUGAUCGUCCAGUGGGUUACAAGUGUGGAGCUUAUACUCUUCCUUGAACCCUGAAGGUAGAUUCACGGUUCUAAUGAAUAUGAAGUACCUGCUCUUAGUAGUAACAGUGUGCUAGAGUUUGUGCUCCUGUUGCUAGUCCAUCUAGUCGCAACAGCCAAAAAAUGUGUGAUAAAUAAAUUAUCGUGUUUUAUGAUGUUGGAUAAUAAAUAAUGUGUUUGUUAUAAUAAAGAAUGCAUCUUCUUCCCUGAGGGGGGUAUUCAGUU